AUGCCAGAAGAAGCCCCACCGCCGCCCCCCACCUUCGAGCGCGCUCUCCUGUCCGGCGCCAUCUCAGGCCUGUCCGUCGACUUUAUGUUCUUCCCCCUCGACACCGUCAAGACACGUAUACAAUCCUCCGCUGGCUUCUGGAACUCGGGAGGAUUCAAGGGGGUAUAUAGAGCGUCUGCAUUCUUUGUGACCUACGAGGCCUUGAAGAAGCAGCUGCCAAAGAUAGAGCUCUUUGCCAACAACUCGUCUCUGACACACAUGGCCGCUGCUUCCGGGUCAGAAUACGUGUCAUGCCUGAUAAGAGUCCCUACAGAAGUCGUCAAAUCACGGACGCAGACGAGUGCGUACGGCGUAGGAAAGAGCAGUAUACACUCUGCCAUGAGCAUCAUGAAGCUGGAGGGUAUCCGAGGUUUCUAUAGAGGAUUCGGUAUCACCCUCACCCGAGAGAUACCUUUCACCUCUAUACAAUUUCCUCUCUACGAGUUCUUCAAAUCCAGACUUUCUCGACACUAUCUUGGCGGAAGACGGCCGACGUCGUAUGAAGCCGCUGCAUGUGGCUCGCUGGCUGGUGGUAUCGCGGCAGCGUCUACAACGCCUUUGGAUGUGGUCAAGACAAGAGUCAUGCUUGAAGCUAGGACGGCAGCAGCAGCGUCCACUCCCGCCGCACCUCUCGCGCCGGGCACCACCCUCCCCCAGUACCCCUCCCCGUCCGUCCUUUCCUUCCCCCCACGCCUGCUCGGGAUACUCCGGAACGAAGGACCCGCUGCGCUCUUCUCUGGAUGGGUACCGCGUACAAUGGCGAUCUCUAUGGGCGGAGCUGUGUUUUUGGGCAUCUAUGAUCUGGCUAGUAGUCUGGGGGCGGAGACAGUCAACCAGCCAAAGCUUGUGUGA